CCAGGUUUCCAUGGCAAAGGCGCACAAACAGGAGGAAACACUGAGGGAAUCCCGUUAUUUUACAGCAUUGAAGCAUUAUAAACACCCAGAGCGGGGAAGGAAGCCGCUCUUGAUACACAAGUAAUCCUUAUAGAGCUCUAGGAAGGGGGACUUCAUACCAGAAGCGCUGCUGUGGCUGCUGGGGCUGCGUGUUUCUCCAAAAGAAAAGGACAUUUGCGCACAGCUGCUGUGUCGCAGCUUGAACUUUUUUAACUUACAGAGGUUUUAUAUCCACCUUCUUUCAACAUCUUUUUUUAAACUGAAGAGUCCUACUUCUGCUUUGACUUUCAGCGGAAAGUAUUUUUCCUUUUUAUUUAUUUUUUCGCUUUUUCUCCCAGAUGUUUAGAGAGACUUGGAGGCUGGCACAGUACCACACCAUGAGGUCGAUGGAUCAAGAUGACCCCAACCUCACACCUCACAAAAUCUUCAAUCCUGAGUCUGAGCAAGCGUACCCCCUGCAGGAGGCCUCGCCGUACGGCCUCAAGUCCUGCAGCCCCUCCUACAUCGACCACAACAUCACAGAGGUUCUCUCGGGAUAUGAGAACCAGGAGGCCCGACACUACCUGGACAGCACCCGGCCUGCAGGCCUGGCCCUGAGCCCCCGCAUCGAGAUCACCCCGUCCCGCGAGCACUACAACUAUGUCCGGGAUUCCCUGCAGAACCAGAACCUGAACAUCAGCCCCCGACCCACCCUCACCGUGCCGGGCCAUGACAGCCUCACCUACCGAGAGCCUCAGUGCCUGAGUCCUGCUAGCAGCAACUCCUCCACCAGCUGGCACUCUGAGAGCUACUCCCCCUGGACGUCCCCCUGUGUGUCCCCCAGCAGCGGCCAGAACCCCGGAGACCUGUGCCCCAGAUUACAGAACAUCCACACUGGCUCCCCCCGUACCUCCCCGGGAACCUCGCCCCGCACCAGCCUAGCGGAGGACGGCUGCCUGGGGGCCCGCUCGCCCUCCUCCAGACCCAGCUCCCGGUCCACCUCCCCGCAGGGCAAACGCACCUACGACAUGUACAGGAACCCGGGCCUGGUCCUGGGGCACCGGUCCCGCAGCCCCUCUCCCCACAGCGGCCAUGAAGAUCACAACAUAAGCGCCCACUAUACACACAGCAGCCUGGCCGAGGCCAUGAAUGGUUUUGGCCCCGGUCAGCAAGGCCUCAUGCCCACUAAAAUAGUCAAGACGUCCAACCAGGUUUACACUCUGUACCCAGAGAACCACACAGAAGGGAACUACCUGGUGUCCUGCGACCAGGACUUAAAAACCACAGAGCCUUUCUUUGUUAUCCCCCCAAUCUGGUCCAAGCCCCUGGUUUCCAGCAUCCGCAGCAUCCCUGUGGCUUCUCUCCCUCCUCUGGAAUGGCCGAUGCCCAGACGCACGGACCAGUAUGAACUCCUCAUCGAGGUGCAGCCCAAACCGCACCACAGAGCUCACUAUGAGACGGAGGGAAGCAGGGGAGCGGUCAAAGCCCCCACAGGAGGACAUACUGUUGUGCAGUUACAUGGCUACAGAGGCAAGGAGCCACUUGGCCUGCAGAUCUUCAUUGGUACAGCAGAUGAGCGCAUCCUCAAGCCGCACGCCUUUUAUCAAGUGCACCGCAUCACUGGGAAGACGGUUACCACCACCAGUUAUGAGAAGGUUAUCCACGGCACCAAAGUCCUUGAGAUCCCACUGGAGCCAAAGAACAACAUGAAAGCAAUAAUCGACUGUGCAGGGAUCCUGAAGCUCAGGAACGCCGACAUCGAGCUGAGGAAGGGCGAGACGGACGUCGGUCGGAAAAACACGCGUGUUCGUCUUGUGUUUCGUGUGCACAUACCUCAACCCGGAGGACAGCACGUCUCUCUCCAAGUGGCCUCGCAUCCCAUCGAGUGCUCCCAGCGCUCGGCUCACGAGCUUCCCAUGGUGGAGAAGCAGGACCUGGACAGCUGCUCCGUGCUCGGAGGCCAGCAGAUGAUCCUGACCGGGCAGAACUUCAGCUCCGAUUCCAAGGUCAUCUUCUUGGAGAAAACCCAGGACGGACAGCAAAUCUGGGAAAUGGAAGCGACAGUAGACAAAGACAAGAGCCAGCCCAGUAUGCUGUUUGUGGAGGUGCCGUCCUACCAGGACUCCUCUGUCUGCCAUCCUGUCAAAGUCAACUUCUACGUUAUCAAUGGCAAGAGGAAGCGCAGUCAGCCUCAGCACUUCGCUUACACACCACUGGCAUCUCCUUCCAUCAAGACGGAGCCCCUGGAUGAGUAUGAAGCGGACCACAUGGGUUUUGCCAUGCCUCAGAUCCUGGGUCUAUCCCCUCAUUCCUACUACCACACCCCCCGCAGCGCGCUCCACCCGGACAGCGGCCUGGUCUCCAGCCUGGCCUCUUGCCAGCGCCUCAGCUCCAGCCUCCCCACCCAGGACGCUCGCUUCCAGCAGCAGAGCCCGGCCAUCGUGUUCUCCCGCGGGGGGAAGAGUGUGAGCGGCAGCCCCAACCUCUACCAGCAGACCGGGGGGAUGUUGCCGGACUCCCACCGCUCGGUGCUGGUCCACACGGGCUCCUCUGUGGGGCCCAUCAGUGUUGGCCAGCCCUCCAUCAUCCAGUUCUCCCCCACCAACCACCAGGUGCUUCGGGGAGGAGACCCUGAUCCACAGGAGAUCAUCUACUGCGACGGCUACUCCCCACAAGCAGCAGCAACCGCACACUCCCCCACUCCCCCCCAGGUGCCCCAGCCUCAGCAUUACUCCACCGUGAUCCAGCAGCAGCCAUUGGUGCAGAAAGGGCAGCAGAAAGGAAGAGAUCCGCCUGGCACGGGGCAGAUGGAUGCUGACGGGCAGCGGAGGGUGACGGUGAAAGAGGAGAACCUGGACCAGGCCUACCUAGAUGAUGGUGAGUUGAAUGAGAUCAUAAGAAAGGAUCUGACGGGCGUUCAGGCGAGAGGGCAGACAUAGAGGCAGGAAGUGACAACACUCCCCCCCCUCCUCCUCGACACACACACGGACAGAUGCACACACA